AUGAAUUCAACUUCCUGUGAGCUCCUCGGGGAGGACUACAUUCUCCGACAAAGAAAGGAUACCAAGCUUCCUCCAAUUCGGAAGCGUAUCAUCAUCUGCUGCGAUGGUACAUGGCAAUCGGCGGUCUCUGGGAAGAAAAGUGUCCCUUCCAACGUCACCAGACUUUGUCGCUCUCUGAAUAGCAUCGGCACCGACGAGAAUGGCGACAAAUGGCAACAGAUUGUGUGGUAUGACUCGGGUGUUGGAACUACUGCACUCCCCAUGGGAGACGCUAUCGAAGGUGCUAUUGGUAAAGGUCUAGAAGGAAAUGUCAUCGAGGCAUAUAACUUCUGUGUCCUGAACUAUAACCCUGGUGAUAAAAUCAUGUGCUUUGGCUUUUCCCGCGGUGCUUAUACCGCCCGGACAAUUGCUGGUUUAAUUUCAGAUAUUGGAAUUUGCCACAAGCGUGACUUGAAUAAGUUUCCGGAUCUUUGGGCUGUUUACAAAAACAUCAAGCCUGGAAAGCGAUUCCAUCGCAGCGACGAAUGGUUUGAUUGGAGGUGGGGGAAAGCGGACGAACACCAAGGGGCGAAAGGAGAGUUUGUUUACCAAAAGCCUCCGCAAGGUGAUUGGGCCCAGGAGGGCUCCAGAGAAGUGGAGGUGGUCGGUGUCUACGACACUGUUGGGUCUUUGGGGAUGCCGGAAGUCCUGGGCAUCAAACUUCCCUCGAAUGAUGGCUGGCAUAACGUUGGACUUUCACCUAAUAUCAAAAAUGCGUUCCAAGCAUUAGCACUGGAUGAACAUCGCAAUGCCUUUUCCCCGGCAGUUUGGUAUUUGUCUAAUAAAACCGCAACACUGGAGGAAGUUAAGGCCAGAAAACAAGAGGAGACCCUAGCCGAGAAGAAAUACUGGAGGCUUUUAAAACAAGCUAAAGACCUCAAGGCCUGUGGAAAGGCCACCGAUCAGGAUGUGAACGACGCUGCACACGAAGUUAAUCAAGCUGCCAGGGCCUGGAAUAAGGCCUCUCGCAGGCGAGUGAAAUUCCAAAACCGAGUUGAGUUACACCCAACCCUUAAGCAGGUUUGGUUCCCUGGCUAUCACAUCAAUGUUGGUGGGGGCUCUAGCGAAACUCUUGCCAACAAGGGUGAUAUGGAAGAAAUGUCCAAUAUUGUCUUCUCUUGGAUGUUGGACCAGGUUGACGAGUUUCUUUCUGUCGAUGAGAGCUUCAUUAUCGAUGAGCAGAACCAACGAGAGGAGAAAUAUGUCCAAUUGAACCAAAUAUUGGAUGAAUAUGAUGCCAGAAUAACGGUCCAAAAGACAGAGUCCUGGGGAAAUUGGGCAUGGCGCCAUGCCAAGUCAACAGUUUCUGCUAUCACCCACCCUCUCACACCCACCAACGAACCGGCUUACAAGAAACGUCGCGUUUAUGGCUGGGGGGUGGGAGAGAUGGAAGACAGCUUUACCCCUAUGUACUGGGCAAAUGGAAGCAAGAAGCGUACGCCGGGCGCGUAUGAUAUCGCAGAAGAUGGCAAGCCUCUAGGAGACACAUUCGAGUUCAUUCAUCCGGUUGUCAACUUCCGAGUCGAACAAUUCAGAAAGAUGAACCAAGAGGACGGCAAACACCCCAUCUACAAACCAAUCGACUUAAGUCCGAGCAUGAGAUAUUCUCGUCGGGAAAUGGUCGACGCUCGAGGGAAUCCAUUCUUCGAAUAUGACAUCGGUUCCUCCAAGCGACCCCUUCCUGAGUGGAAACUGGGCGGACUCGAUUCCUAUGAGCGACUUGCCAUAGCUGGAGAUAAAGCCUAUGAUUAUGUUGAUGACCUAGAUGAUCGGCUGAAAACAGGUGUGCGGACGGUUCGCCGGCCUCUGGGACCUCGUGCGAAAAAGGAGCCAGUUGAGCAGCCAUUAGGCGAGACCUUCACCGACGGGGGGGCUCAAGCCAAUGAUUGA